UAGUAGACGUAGAAGUCAGUGGUGGAUCAAUCAUUUUUAUUCCUUUAGUAAAAGAACAGAUACUGGAGCAAAACAUGAUCAAGAAAAUGUCCAUCCAUCCAUUUUCUUCCGCUUAUCAGGGACUCCCAGUCUUCCUUCACCCUGGACACUUCCUCCAGCUCCUCCAGGGGGACCCCAAAGCGUUCCCAGACCAGCCCAGAGACAUAGUCCCUCCAGCGUGUCCUGUGUCUUCCCCAGGGCCUCCUUCUGGUGUGACAUGCCUGGAACACCUCCUGAGAAAGGUGCCCAGGUGGCAUCCGGAACAGAUGCCGAGCCACCUCAACUGCUCCUCUCGACGUGGAGAAGCAGCGGCUCUACUCCGAGCUCCUCCCGUGUGACUGAGCUCCUCAUACUAUCUCUAAGGGAGCGCCCAGCCACCCUGCGGAGGAAACUCAUUUUGACCGCUCGUAUCUGCGAUCUCAGAGCGAAUGCCCAUAGGGUUGUCAAGGUAACACAAGGGUUAAAGGUGCUGCUCCCUCCGGGUCUCUCCUUGUCCCUCCUGGUCUCUCGUCGCCCCUCCUGGUCCCUCCUCAUUGAGUCCAGUGAAGUAUUUGGUUGUGGUAAAGCACCUGUCUCCUCUGUCAUGAGCUGAUGUUGGACUGCAGCGACUGAAAAGCGACAGAGCGACAAAGACGACUCGAGACCCUCAGUGUGAUUUCACCCUCGCUAUGGCUCCAGGAAAAAUGAAAGGAGCCAGUCACAUAAACAUGGCGAUGGUGGAGGACAGAGGCAGCGACGGCUCGUGUAAACAGGAGCAGAAGAAGAAGCCGUGUGGUUCCACCGUGAGUUUCCACAGCCUCCAGUACAAGGUGCAAGUGAAGAGCGCCCCCUUCUGUACGUGCAAGACCAGCAGCCGCCAGAUCCUGCACGAACUCAAUGGGGUGAUGAAACCUGGUCUCAAUGCGAUUCUGGGUCCUACUGGGAGCGGCAAGUCUUCUUUCUUGGACAUUUUAGCGGCGAGGAAAGACCCCGCUGGGCUCUCUGGGGAGGUUCUUAUUGAUGGAGCUCCACAGCCUCCAAACUUCAAGUGUAUCUCUGGAUACGUCGUGCAGGAUGAUGUCGUCAUGGGGACCUUGACUGUGAAGGAGAAUCUGCGUUUUUCUGCAGCUCUGCGCCUGCCCACGUCUGUUCCACAGAGUGAGAAAGAGACUCGGAUCAAUCUCCUCAUCAAAGAGCUGGGACUCACUAAAGUUGCAGAUACCACGGUGGGCAGUCCGUUGAGCAGGGGAAUCUCAGGAGGCGAGAGAAAGAGGACCAGUAUCGGGAUGGAGAUGAUCAUUGACCCAUCUGUCCUCUUUUUGGAUGAACCGACCUCGGGAUUGGAUUCCAGCACAGCCAGCUCUGUCCUUCUGCUGCUCAAGAGAAUGGCAGGCCAGGGAAAAACCAUCAUUAUGUCGAUCCACCAGCCGCGUUACUCCAUCUACAGACUGUUUGACUCUCUCACUUUGUUGGUCAGCGGCAAAAUGGUUUAUCACGGACCCGCCCCCAACGCCCUGGACUAUUUCGCCAACAUCGGAUACCUAUGUGAGCCACACAAUAACCCAGCAGACUUCCUCUUGGACGUCUUAAAUGGAGACUCUACAGCGACCGCCAUGAUAAAACUGCAGGGGUCUGAAGAGUUGGACUUUGAAGAGAUGAGCAGGUCGAAGCAGAGUAUCGAGGAGCACUUACUGGAAGAAUACAGGAACAGCUCCUACUUCACCGACACACAGAGUGAACUUGAACGCAUCGUGCAGGGCAAAAGCUGCCCAUCACGAGCCCUGUCUCACUCCGUUGACUACAACAGCCCCUUCCUCCACCAGCUCCAGUGGGUGAUGAAGAGGACCUUUCAGAACCUGGCCUUAAACCCUCAGACGUCUGUGGCACAGCUGGCUAUUAACAUGGUUCUGGCUUUCAUCGUGGGCGUCAUUUACUUCUCAGUCCAGAACGACAUGAGCGGUAUACAAAACAGGAUGGGGGCGCUGUUCUUCAUCACCACCAAUGAGUGUUUCCUCUCAGUGUCUUCAGCAGAGCUCUUGAUUGUUGAAAGGAAAACAUUUGUGCACGAGUACAUUAGCGGAUACUACAGAGUCUCAGUCUACUUCCUGUCUAAAGUCUCUGCUGAGUUAAUUACUCGACUCACCAUUUCUGUCGUCAUCAGCUGCAUCGUGUACUUCAUGAUCGGUUUCAAAUCCACAGUUGAGGCGUUCUUCAUCUUCACUCUGACGAUCAUACUCGUGGGCUGCACUGCCUCUGCUUUGGCUCUGGCCAUAGCAGCAGGUCAAAGGACAGUGGCUGUGUCAAGUCUCCUCUUAACUCUUAUAUUUAUCUUCAUGAUGAUUUUCUCGGGGCUCCUGGUGAAUCUCCCGAGCCUGGGCUUCUUGUCAUGGCUCCAGUACUUCAGUAUUCCUCGCUACGGUCUUGCAGCCUUAGAGAUCAACGAGUUUGUAGGUUUAAAGUUCUGUGACGAAGAUUUGAUUAAAACCAUGGCGACAACCUGGAUGAACAGCACCGCGAGCCAGACUGGUCUGAUGUGUACGGGGGAGCAGUAUCUGGAUCACCAGGGUGGUUUUAUAGCUCAGAAAUAAAGGCACUCUGGCUGAGCAGGGUCGCCUCUCCACAGAUCUGACCUGUAACUUCGUAUGGUUUGGUCUCCCUGAAGAAAGAAAGGCCUAACGCCAUACUGUGAAACAUUCCAGACAAAGCAUCGACAUCUCCAUGGACUCAAGGAUUCGACGGACCCUCCUCCAGAAAAGUUAAACAAUGCACCUUUAA